AUCCCUCAAACGCACAUUCAACUAGGAAAAUCCCUCUCCCAAGAAAACAAAAAAAAUGUCAAUACUCCAAACCCUAAUCCUGUUUUCCCUCCUCCUCUCCGCCUCCCACGCGGCCGUCCAGGACUUCUGCGUCGCAGACCUCAUGGGCCCUCAGAGCCCUUCGGGCUACUUGUGCAAGAAGGAAUCGGCAGUCACUGUGAACGACUUCAUCUUCUCAGGCCUCGGUGUGCCCGGGAACACCACGAACCUCAUCAAGGCCGCGGUGACCACGGCGUUCGUGGGUCAGCUCCCGGGCCUGAACGGGCUUGGCAUCUCCUUGGCCCGCCUGGACUUGGCCCCGGGCGGGGUCAUCCCGAUCCACACGCACCCGGGCGGCUCUGAGGUCCUCAUCGUCCUCCAAGGGUCGAUCUGCGCCGGGUUCAUCUCGUCCGCGAACAACGUUUACUUUAAGAACCUCAACAAAGGGGACAGCAUGGUGUUCCCCCAGGGGCUAUUGCAUUUCCAAGUGAAUGCUGCUAAAGGUCCAAGCAUCGCCAUAGUCAGCUUCAGCAGCCCGAGCCCCGGGCUUCAAAUCGUGGACUUUGCUCUCUUCGGAAACAACUUGCCCUCCGCGUUGGUGGAGGCCAUCACUUUCCUUGAUGAUGCUCAGGUCAAGAAGCUUAAGGCUCUUCUUGGUGGCACUGGCUAAGUGGCUUAAUUUCAUUUCAGUAGGGAUCCCAUCCAUUAACAAACACCACGUUUUCAAGCCUCUUCGAAAAAAAAAAAUUGAAAAGAGGAGAAUAAUAAUUCGGCUUGUGCGCUCGCCGUUAGUGGCUUUCUAUGGAAUUUUUCUUGUAAGGUUGUACUUCCGUUUGUUUGUGCGUUGAAGUGAGUCGUUCGAGUGGAGAUUUCAUGAUUAGUGCUUUCUAACUAGUCGUUCUGUCUAGACUUCGGAGCAAAAUGCGUCCCCGUGUUCCCCGAAGUUUGACUAGAUGAAUAAAAGCACGUUGCGUCGUCAAUUCCUUGA